GCUCAUUCUGUUACUCACCAUCGAACCGUUCGGACGUCGCUGCGCAACUCAAUUGUCGUGUUCCGGUUUUUGGUGUUCACUUGAAGCUCGUUUAACGCUCGUUCGUUCCAGAGUGAAGAAUAUAAUACAGAUAAAAAGCAAAUUUAACUGGACUUAAAGUGCUAACGGAAUUCGUAAUCGUAUUUGUGCAGUGCUCAUCUAGUCCACCCACAACAACAACAACAACUACACCAGUGUAUCCCCCCUAUUUAAACAAACUGUCGCAAAUGCGACGCAUAUCCAAGUAUCCAAGUAUCCAAGACUAAAGUUAUAGUAGUAUCUGAAGUCUAGGAAACUCAGACACUCACACACCCACACACACACUUACAGCAAUGGCUACCAAUACAGAGCUGCUGCCCUUCCAUCAUCAGACAACAAUCUCGCUACAGACAGCAGCCGCCCUCACUAACUAUCAUGGCGGUGGCGCCGGAGGAGGCAGUGGUGGCGGCGGCGGUGGCGGUGGAGGAGGAGGUGGAGCUACAGCUGGUGGCUCGGCGGCUGCUGCAGCUGCGGCUGCCUGGAACCGAGACGAACUGUAUCAACAGACUGAGCUGCCCGGCUUGACACGCAACGCCCACCACCUGCUGCGCUUUACGCCCUAUGCACUGCACCAUCGGCCCCAGCUGCAAACAUUGCCACCUGCGCUCUACUUGCAACAUGCGGCUGCCGCGGCGGCAGCAGCAGCCGCAGCCGCUGCAGCAGCACAUGCCCAGCAUCAUCAUCACCAUCAUCAUCAUCUUCAUCAUCAGCACAGAGCCGCCUCGCCGGAGAGUCCGCCGCCCGUGGAGGGCACACACAUUAGCAACCUAUUUCCGGAGCUACUGGAGCAGAUCUUUGAGCAUCUGCCGGUGCGAGAUUUGGGGCGGGCCGCACAGGUGUGCACCGCCUGGCGGGAUGCAGCCUAUGCGAAGAGCGUGUGGAAGGGCGUCGAGGCGAAACUACAUCUGAAGCGCUCCAGUCCCAGUCUCUUCAAUUGCCUCGUCCGACGGGGAAUCAAGAAGGUUCAAAUCCUAUCGCUGCGCCGCUCGCUCAAGGAUCUGGUCGUGGGCGUGCCGGCGCUGACAUCGCUGAAUCUCAGCGGCUGCUUCAAUGUGGCCGACAUGAAUCUGGGUCAUGCGUUCAGCGUCGAUUUGCCGAAUCUGAAGACCCUGGAUCUCUCGCUCUGCAAACAGAUCACGGACACCAGCCUGGGCCGGAUUGCACAGCACCUGAAGAAUCUGGAGACGCUCGAGCUGGGCGGCUGUUGCAAUAUCACGAACACAGGACUGCUGCUGAUCGCGUGGGGUCUGAAGAAGCUGCGCCAUUUGAAUCUGAGAUCCUGCUGGCACAUCAGCGACCAGGGCAUCGGCCAUCUGGCCGGGUUCAGUCGGGAGACGGCCGAAGGAAAUCUGCAGCUGGAAUAUCUGGGCCUGCAGGACUGCCAGCGUCUGAGCGAUGAGGCACUGGGUCACAUAGCACAGGGUUUAACCUCACUAAAGUCCAUCAAUCUGAGCUUCUGCGUUUCGGUGACGGACAGCGGAUUGAAGCAUCUGGCCCGCAUGCCCAAGCUGGAACAGCUGAAUCUGCGCUCCUGCGACAACAUCUCCGACAUUGGCAUGGCCUAUCUGACGGAGGGUGGAAGUGGCAUCAAUUCCCUGGACGUGAGCUUCUGCGACAAGAUCAGCGAUCAGGCACUCACCCACAUUGCCCAGGGUCUGUAUAGGCUGCGUUCGCUCAGUUUGAAUCAAUGCCAGAUUACGGAUCAGGGCAUGCUGAAGAUAGCGAAGUCGCUUCAUGAACUGGAGAAUCUCAAUAUCGGACAAUGCAGUCGGAUAACGGACAAGGGAUUGCAAACACUGGCGGAGGAUCUGUCCAAUCUGAAGACGAUCGAUCUCUAUGGCUGCACGCAGUUGAGCUCGAAGGGCAUCGACAUCAUCAUGAAGCUGCCCAAGCUGCAGAAGCUCAAUCUGGGCCUGUGGCUGGUCAGAUGAUGCGUCCAUCAUGAUUGCAAUGCCUGCGCAGCGGCCGAGGCAGAGAAGUCGGCGCAGGCGAACGCUUAGGAUGCAGACAUCUAUGUCUAUGUCUCUCUCACUCUCUCUGAGUGUGGUGUCUGUGUGUGUUUGUGUGCGUGUGACUUUAGCUGAGGCUUCUUUUUGACUUUGUCUUCCUACUCGUCUCCUUCUACCUGCGUGCCGUGUUGCAUGUCUGACGUUGAAGGCAAGGCACGUAAUUACACACACCAGCACACACAGAAACACAUACAUACACACAGAGAGCUGAGCAGACAACUAAGUAAAGUA